AUGAUGUUCCUCUGGUGUGUUCUGGUUCUUGUGAGCCUGCUCUCAGUGGCUACAGGCACCAGUGCAGGAGUUAAAGCCAGAAUAACUCAGAAGGUGCUCGAGUAUGGUCGAGCGAUUGGAAUUGAAUCACUCCAGCAGAAACUCAGAACUAUUCAACUGAAGGAUGUGAGUGGCACAGAAAAACUGGAUAUUGGAAAAGUCGAAUAUAGUAUUACAGGGAUGCAGAUUGUAAACCUGGGACUUCCUAAAUCAGCACUGAGGUUAGUUCCUGGCACUGGAGUCAUGCUUUCAGUCGGCGAUGCCUACAUCUCUCUGCGUGGAAACUGGAGAGUGAAGUACUCCUGGAUCAUAAAAGCCAGUGGAUCGUUUGAACUGGCUGUGAGUGAACUGGCCAUUAGCACCAUUAUUGCAGUCAAGAGUGACGUCACGGGCCGCCCAACAGUCAGCGUGACCAAGUGUGAAGCAGCUGUGGGAAGUGUCAAAGUCAGAUUUCAUGGUGGAGCCAGCUGGUUGUAUAAUCUCUUCGAUUCCUUCAUUAAUAAGGCUUUACGCAAUGCUCUGCAGAAACAGAUCUGCUCUUUAGUGACUGCUUCUAUUGCUGAGAUGAACCACAACCUGAAAACAUUAAAUGUUUUAGCCAAAGUAGAUCAAUAUGCUGAACUUGAAUACUCCAUGGUGGAGUCUCCUGUCAUUUCUAAUGCUAUGAUUGACUUGGGUUUAAAGGGUGAAUUCUACAACAUUGGACCACACGAGGAACCCCCUUUCUCCCCAAGACCAUUCUUAUUGCCGUCUCAGGACACGAAUAUGCUGUACAUUGGAGUUUCUGCCUUCUCCAUCAACUCAGCAGGCUUUGUGUACCACAGAGCUGGUGCCCUCCGCCUCUACAUCACCGAUGACAUGAUUCCCUCUGGUUCUCUGAAUCGUCUGAACACAAAGACAUUUGGAAAAUUCAUUCCUCAGAUUGCGAAAAUGUCUCCUGGUCUGAUGAUGAAGCUGUUGGUCGAGACAGUGAAGGAGCCCAUCAUUACAUUAGAACCGAACAACAUGACUGUUCAGGCCAGCAGUAAAGUGACCGCUUACGCUAUUCAGCCCAACAGCAUACUGUCGCCACUCUUUGUCCUCAGACUGGAGGCCAGUGUCAGUGCUCACAUAUAUGUGACUGGGCUCAAACUGGCAGGACAUGUGACCCUUAACAAAAUUGAUAUGAGCCUAGCAGAAAGCUAUGUGGGACCAUUCCAGGUGAGAUCUCUUGAGGAUAUUUUCACAACAGUCGUGAAGGAUGUCAUCAUUCCCAAGGUUAAUGCUGGUGUAAAGCAGGGUUAUCCACUUCCUGCCAUUGGAAAGAUGCAGCUUGUAAAAAGUCAUCUCCAAGUUUUGAAGAACUACUUGUUGAUUGGAACUGAUGUUAAAUUUACAGGAUAAGCAACAUCCAGCGUCGACUGCUCUUCUCUCUCUUCAUCGAUCUCUUGUGUCCUCCAGUGUCUCCAUUCCCUGCUUACCUCUCCCCAGCUCCUGGAAUCCACCCAUCUCCAUCAACUCAAUAAUGCAUUAGUUACACCUUUUAGCCAUUAUUUACAACUUAAG